CGCCCCCCCCCUCCAGUGCUCUUUCACGCCCGCACCUCCCCGGUAAGACUGCUUACUCCUGCCUGGGAAGGAGGCAUCCAUGUUCCAUGGAGCCCCAAGGAAUUGUCAAAGCUUUCCCCAAACGAAAGAAGAUAAGAAAUGAUUCACAGAAGGCAGUGCCUUCAAAGGUACUGAAAGAAGAAACCAAGAAUGAGCAAGCAGCAUGGUUGAAGCCAAUCACUGCCUACGUGCUGCAAGCAGGAAUUGGCCAGGCCAGGGCCGAGAUCUUCCGCCAGCAGAUCGUCCAGAAUGGGGGAAGUGUCUGCAGCCAGCUUUCCCCAGAUGUGACACACGUUAUAGUGGAUGAAGGCAUGGACUGUGACCGAGCUUUCCGGCUUCUCAAACUAGCCAAGUUACCUCAGGGAUUGCAACUGGUGAAGGCAUCCUGGCUGAGUUCCUGUAUUGCAGCACAGCAGAUCUUGAAGACUACUGGCUACAGCCUCUUCAUCCCGGAGAAGUAUCUGGAUGUGUCAAACACUUCAAAGCAGCAAUCACAACUUCUGGAUGAAGUGAUGGUUCAGCCUCAAAUGGAGAGUGCAGUCUUGGCACUGAAGGAUGAAUCUCAGGCAGAGGUUUCCAGCACUCCCUGUAGUGCAGCAAAUUCCUCAGGACAGCAAGAAGUUAAAGGGACAAUCUUGGACAACAAGGGAACUGAAGGGGAAGAGCCUGUUGUCACUCUGGGAGAACUGGAAGCACUGAGGUCAGGCCAAGACCCAAACACUUUGCCAAGAGACUCUUCUGUGGCGGUUCCCACUAGCAAGUGGGUUUGUGCCCACUCCUCUGCAAGCAAGAAAAUUAAUCAUAACCAGAGCAUUACAGAGAAACUGGAGCAGCUAGCAAAAGCCUACUCUGUCCAAGGGGACAAGUGGAGGGCUCUGGGUUACUCAAAAGCCAUAAACGCUCUCAAGAGCUACCACAAGCCAGUCACCUCUUAUCAGGAAGCCUGCAAAAUCCCUGGAAUUGGGAAGCAGAUGGCAGAAAAGAUUGUGGAGAUCCUGGAGAGUGGGCACCUUCGGAAGCUGGACCACAUCAGUGAGAGUGUGUCAGUGCUGGAAGCAUUUUCCAAUAUCUGGGGAGCAGGAGUCAAGACUGCUCAGAUGUGGUACCAGCAGGGCUUCCGCACUCUGGAUGACAUUCGCACUCAGGCUUCCCUCACCAGCCAGCAGGCCAUUGGCUUGAAGCACUAUGAGGACUUCUUGGAGCGCAUGCCACGUGAAGAAGCUGCCCAAAUUGAGCAGACGGUCAGAGAAGCAGCCCUGUUGAUCAAUCCUGGGCUGGUGUGUGUCGCGUGUGGCUCGUUCCGGCGGGAAAAGUCCACCUGUGGGGAUGUGGAUGUGCUGGUGACUCACCCCGAUGGGCACUCGCACCAAGGAGUGUUCAGCAAGCUGCUUGAUAGCCUCCGGAAAAGUGGCUUCCUGACAGACGAUUUGGUGAGUCAGGAAGACAAUGGAAGCCAGAAGAAAUACCUCGGGGUCUGUCGUCUGCCAGGACCAGGCCGGCGCCACCGGCGCCUUGACAUCAUUGUGGUUCCCUACAUACUUUCAGGAGGUGAAUAAAGGAGAGGGAGCUACUGAACACAGCAAGCCAGUAGGGAAGGGACAGAGAACGGCAUGAAGUGAAGACACAGCAGGAGGGUAGCUUUGGAUGAAAUAACUUGGAGGUACUUUUCUAGCACUAAGAAGAAUCAGGCAGUGAAACAACUUUGGGGUAUAUGCUUCUCUGACUACCAAGAAGAGGCUGAAUCAGCAUCUCUCAAGAAUGUUUCAGAUAUAGUUUGCAGUUAAAUAUCAAACUUCUGUGCCAAGGUAAACAUAAUUCUGUACUAAUUUGUUAUUUCUUUGUUAAAUUUCUAUAUUGCCCUUCAUCCAAGGAUCACAGGGCGUUUACAAUAUAAAACCUCAAAAAUACAUCCACUGAGGUCCAUCUACCCAGAAAUGUUGCUGAAAUACCCGUACACUACUGAGACUCCUUGAAGCACUACCUGCACACUUUCAAACAUGUCUUCACAGCCUUAAAGGCUUGAAACUUGUUCCCCCCCCCCUUUUAAAAAUGAAGCUGCAGUUCUCAGGGUGCUGAACUGUGACACAGUGCUUUACCACAUUCUGCAUCUGUAUGGCUUGAUUAGGAUGCAAACAGCAGAACACACUUUGCCUUAGCUGAUGAGUCAGAACUUAUUGGAAGUUGCCUAAUACCAGAUCAGACUAUUUUUCCAUCUAGCCCAAUAAUGUCUACUCUGACUGGCAGUGGCUCUCCAGGGUCUCAGGCAGGGAUAUUCCCAGUCUCUUGCUACAUGAUCCUUUUAAGUAGGAGACGCUAGAAACUGAAGGUCUGGGACCAUCUGUAUGUAGGACAGGUGCUCUGCCACUGAGUCAUGGGCCCUUCCCAGUUCUUGUGUUAGACUAGGUGACCCUUAGGGAAAUACACCUUAGUGAGCUGUAGUUAUCCCAUUAGCCGUACAGGCUCCUUUGCCCACCUCCAUCUUGUACCUCUGCAGUGUAUUAUUAGGGAUCAGCGCAAAAAGGUUCCCUUGUGCUCUGUUCCUUUGGAAACAAAGGAUUGCUGUGAUUGCUGAAAGACAAUAAAACCUGUUAACAUGUUUUAA